ACUGUCUCGUGUAGUGUCGUCCCAUUAAUUUCAUUUCGUCUCUUGGUUUCAUCGAAAUCCAGCCUCAUGGAUUACUUUAAAACCUCUACAUGGUUUCUAGUUUUUCUAUAUAAAAAAAGUUAGAGUUGUCUCUCUUUUAUUUCAAUGCAUGUCAUGUUAGAGUCUUAAUAUUAUUCUCUAUAUAACUCUAGUUUUCAUUUGUGUAGAGAGAAAUCUCAUCUAAAUUUAGUGAUAUAUAUCCCAUAAAAAAAUGGAAGAUGAAGAGAAAGCUUUUAUUGCUAAAGAUGUCACUGAAUUGAUUGGUAAAACACCAUUGGUAUAUCUGAACCAUGUUGUAGAAGGUUGUGUAGCUCGAAUUGCAGCAAAGUUAGAGAUGAUGGAGCCUUGUGCUAGCGUCAAAGACAGGAUUGGAUAUAGCAUGAUUAGAGAUGCAGAAGAAAGGGGUCUCAUCAUUCCUGGUAAGAGUGUUCUUAUUGAGCGUACAAGUGGAAACACUGGGAUUGGGCUAGCAUUUAUAGCAGCCAUAAAGGGAUAUAAGCUAAUAAUAGCAAUGCCAGCUUCAAUGAGUCUUGAAAGGAAAACCAUUCUACGUGCUUUUGGAGCUGAGCUUGUUCUCACUGACCCAACUAAGGGAUUGGAAGGAGCCCUUGACAAGGCCAAAGAAAUACUUGCAAAAACACCCAAUGGUUACAUGCUUCAACAAUCUGAAAACCCUGCCAACCCAAGGAUCCAUUAUGAGACUACUGGACCAGAAAUUUGGAAAACCUCCGGUGGGAAAGUUGAUGCUCUUGUUUGUGGGAUAGGUACUGGCGGUACUAUUACAGGUGCUGGAAAAUUUCUUAAGCACAAAAACCCUCAAAUUAAGCUCUAUGGUGUUGAACCUGCUGAAAGUGCUGUCCUGUCUGGGGGUAAACCUGGUCCACAUAAGAUCCAAGGAAUUGGUGGUGAAGUUAUUCCAGAAGUUUUGGACAUCAAUCAAGUUGAUGAAUUUGUUCAAAUAUCAAGUGAUGAAGCUAUAGAAAUGGCCAGACUUAUUGUACUAAAAGAAGGCUUAUUGGUUGGAAUAACAUCUGGUGCAGCCGCAGCUGCAGCAAUUAAGAUAGCAAAGAGGCCAGAAAAUGCUGGCAAACUCAUUGUGGUUGUGUUCCCCAGCUCAGGAGAGCGUUAUCUUUCUACCGUGCUUUUUGAGUCUUUGAAGAAAGAGGCAGAGAAUAUGGUCUUUGAGCCUUAAAGUUAAAUGUUUAAUUAUCUGAUAUGUUAAUUGAGAGAAAACAAUAAUUUCUUUUAGUUUUAAAACUUAAUUGCUUUGAUGUCUUAACUUAAUAUGCGAGAUUGGGAAUCAAAAUUGAAGUUGUGUUUGAGGUUGUCA